CAGUACAGUGCACAGAAACGACAAGCUAAGAACACAAGCAGGUGCUCCGAAUUCGCAAAUCACAAAAGAGGAUAUCACACGACCCAGUUCAACUCAGAGACAUGAAGACACUUCUUUUCCUGUCACUCGCUCUGGCAGUGGCCGUGGUGGCAGUACCAGUGCCAGCCCCUGAGUGGGAGCCUGUGUCUCUGGAUGAGGUUCUCCUGCCAGCCGAUGUGCUACCAGAGCAAGGUCACGUGAUCCAGCAGGACGCCAAGCCAGAUGCUGGCCUGGAGAAGCAAGCGCAGGAGGAGCCUGCUAAGCCUGAACAGCCUGCACAGACCUCGGCUAUGGGCCCCGCAGCAGUGGAAGUAGAACCCGUGGUGGUGGUGGUAGAACAGGUCAAGGAAAAAGAAGUUCAACAGGAGAGCCCUGAGGAACCAGCACUGGAAUCCAAUCUGCUCCCAGAGGUGGACCCUGCAGUAGAAGAAGAAAUUGUUCCAAAAGACGAAGCAGUGUUGGGGUUGGAGACAGUGGAUGAGGUGAAUGCAAUUGUGCCAGAGGUUCACCCAAUGCCAGGGAAGCCUAGAGUGGAGGUAGUGGCUGAAGAGAAAGUCAUCCCCAAGGAUGAGGCAAUGCUAGGGUUAGAAACAGGGGAGGAGGAGGAGGAGAAUGCGGUUGUGCCGGAGGUACACCCAAUACCAGGGAGGCCUCAAUUAGUGGAGGAACCCACGAUGGAGCUCGAGCCUGAAGAGGAAGAGGAGGAAGCAGCCAGGAUGCUGGGCAACUUAGCUGAGGAGGAGGAGGACUAUGAUGAGAUGGUGGAGCAGCCUCAGAUGGAGCUGGAGCCUCUGCCGGAGGAGGUGGAGGAAGAGGAGAAGGCAGCCAUGCUAGAGGACCAGAGGCUGAGAGUGGUGGUGGAGGAGCCCAGCAUGGAGCUGGAGCCUCUGGCUACCGGAGAUGAGGACCUCACCUCACAGGACGACGAGCCCGGAACAGAAGCCGAGCGCGACGAGGAGGAGGAGCUGCUGAUGGGGGAGGAGGGGCCAGUGGCGGAGGGCGAAAUGGUGGUGGAUGUGGAACCGUCUGCAGUGGAGGUGGAGGAGGAGGAGGAGGAGGGGAUGAGACCAGGGCGGCCGGUUCUUUUGGGGCGGUCCAGAUUCGCCCAGAGGCCUCUGAUGGCCGGCAUGACGCUGAGGCAGGCCAUGAUGGAGGAGGAGCCGGACAUGUGGGUGGGGCCGGAGGUCGUGAGAGCGGAUCCAGAGCAGGAAGUGGAGCAGGAGGAGGAAGAGGAGGUGGAGGCGAGAGCAGACGAUGAAGAGUCUGCUGCUGUAGCCACGGCUGGAGAAGAAGAGGUAGACACAGACGACAGGAUGUUGGUGAAUGUGGCGGAGACACCCGAAGAGGAAGAUGCCAAAAUGGCGUAUUACGAAAGAUACUUGGAUGGAGAACUCCAUGAUGAAGUGGCCACUCGGAGGAGCUACUGCGGAGGAGUGACUAUCGAGGGCCGGUGCUACCAGUUCUUCAGAGGUCCCAAGCAGGCCUGGGAUGCUGAGUUCUACUGCCAGGACCAUUUCCCCAAUGGCCACCUGGCCUCCGUCACCAACUCCUUCAUCCACCGCCAGAUGAUGAACCUCAUGGCACAAAAUGGCGGCUACACCCGCACAUGGGUAGGAGGACUCCGAUACCUGGAUACGGGCCGCUUCAUCUGGCUGGAUGGAGCGCAGUGGAAGUAUGCUGACUGGCUGGUUGGUGAACCCAAUGACACGUCGGGAAGAGAGGACUGUGUCGAACUACUCAGUGACAGUAAGUUUAAUGACAUGCCAUGCUUGGACUAUCGGGCCUUUAUCUGCUCCUAUCCAUUGUGAUGAGAAGACAAACACAGUCAUAGCACCCAGGGCUGGACUGGCCACCUGGCAUAGCGGACAUUUCCCGGACGGCCCCGCACCUUGGUGGGCCCCGCAUCCUCGUGGGCCCCUAUUUUCAGAAAUGGCCCACCGGUGAGUCAGUUCUGCCCUGCUAAUUAUGAGGGGCCCCUUUAAGCUAAAAGUGCCCGGGCCCUAUUUCUCCCCCAGGCCAGCCAUGAUAGCACCACAUUCUACCCCAUUACCCUCCAUUAUUCGGAUCCUCAGUCCACACCAUGCACCUUACAUAUGGCACCCCAGAAAGACUGAGGCCUGUAGGCUACACCGACCCCUACGAAGAUCAUUGGAAGUGGGAACCACUUAAAACAGUCCAAGUCCUAAGAAUUUGUAUGCUCUGCGUGAUUAUGUUCUUGUAUGUAUAACAUACUGUACAUGCUUUGUGUUAUUACCAACCCUGUUUUUUUUGUUGGGUACUGUUUUUCAAAAUGCAAAUUAUUAUUUUGUGAAUAAAUGAUGUUUUCUGAACUACUAA